GCCUCCGCCGCUGCCGCAGCAGCACCCCCAGCAGCAGCCUGAGCCCGGGGCCGAGGGGCCCGAGAAGGCGGCCAUGGCGUCCAACAUGGACCGGGAGAUGAUCCUGGCCGACUUUCAGGCAUGUACUGGCAUUGAAAACAUUGACGAGGCCAUUACGUUGCUUGAACAGAAUAACUGGGAUUUAGUGGCAGCUAUCAAUGGUGUAAUCCCCCAAGAAAAUGGCAUUCUCCAAAGUGAUUAUGGAGGUGAAACUGGACAAGGGCCAGCAUAUGGACCAGCCAGUCAUUCUGCAGCCUCUGCUUCGGCACCUUCUUCUUCAGCAUUUCGACCAGUAGUGCCAUCCAGACAGAUCGUGGAGAGGCAGCCAAGGAUGUUGGACUUCAGGGUGGAGUACAGAGACCGCAAUGUAGAUGUGGUCCUUGAAGACAGCUGCACCGUUGGAGAGAUCAAACAGAUUCUAGAAAAUGAACUCCAGAUUCCUGUAUCUAAAAUGCUAUUAAAAGGCUGGAAGACUGGAGAUGUAGAAGACAGUACGGUCUUAAAAACUCUACACUUGCCAAAAAACAACAGUCUUUAUGUGCUCACACCCGACUUGCCACCACCUUCCUCGAGUCAUGCUGGUGCCCUGCAGGAGUCAUUAAAUCAGAACUUCAUGCUGAUUGUCACCCAUCGAGAAGUCCAGCGGGAGUACAGCUUGAACUUCUCGGGAAGCAGUACCAUCCAGGAGGUUAAAAGGAAUGUAUAUGACCUUACUAGUAUCCCUGUUCGCCAUCAGUUGUGGGAAGGCUGGCCACCUUCAGCCACAGAUGACUCGAUGUGUCUCGUGGCAGCGGGGCUUACCUACCCUUGUCACCAGCUCACAGUGGGGAGAAGGUCUUCACCAGCACAAGCCCGGGAAGAGUCAGAAGAGCAGUGCACCGAUGUUCACAUGGUUAGUGACAGUGAUGGAGAUGACUUUGAAGAUGCUCCUGAGUUUGGAGUGGAUGAUGGAGAGAUGUUUGGUAUUGCAUCCUCUGCUCUGCGAAAAUCACCAAUGAUGCCAGAAAAUGCAGAAAAUGAAGGGGAUGCCUUAUUACAAUUUACAGCAGAGUUUUCUUCAAGAUAUGGAGAUUGCCACCCUGUUUAUUUUAUUGGAUCGCUAGAAGCUGCUUUCCAAGAAGCCUUCUAUGGGAAAGCUCGAGAUAGAAAGCUUCUGGCUAUCUACCUCCACCAUGAUGAAAGUGUUUUGACCAACGUCUUCUGCUCACAAAUGCUCUGCGCUGAAUCCAUUGUCUCCUACCUGAGUCAGAAUUUCAUAACCUGGGCAUGGGAUAUGACAAAAGAAGCUAACAGAGCGAGGUUUCUGACCAUGUGCACACGACACUUUGGCAGUGUGGCGGCUCAAACUAUUCGGACUCAAAAGACCGAUCAGUUUCCACUUUUCCUCGUCGUCAUGGGGAAGCGCUCAUCGAAUGAAGUGCUAAAUGUGAUACAAGGUAACACAACAGUGGACGAGCUCAUGAUGAGGCUGAUGGCCGCAGUGGAGAUCUUCAUGGCCCAACAGCAGGAAGAUAUCAAGGACGAGGAUGAGCGUGAAGCCCGGGAGAACAUGAAGAGAGAGCAAGAUGAGGCUUAUCGUCUUUCUCUUGAAGCUGACAGAGCUAAGAGGGAAGCCCACGAGAGAGAAGUAGCGGAACAGUCCCGUUUGGAGCAGAUGCGGAAAGAACAGGAAGAGGAGCGGGAGGCCAUCCGGCUAUCCUUGGAGCAAUCUCUGCCUCCAGAACCCAAAGAAGAGAGCACGGAGCCCGUGAGCAAGCUCCGGAUCCGAACGCCCAGUGGGGAGUUUCUGGAGCGGCGCUUCCUAGCGAGCAGCCAGCUGCGCGUUGUUUUCGACUUCGUGGCCUCCAAAGGCUUUCCCUGGGAUGAGUUCAAGUUGCUGAGCACAUUUCCCCGGAGAGACGUCACCCAGCUGGAUCCCAACAAGUCAUUACUGGAGGUCAAGCUCUUUCCGCAAGAAACUCUUUUCCUGGAAGCAAAAGAGUAACGGGGAAGCUGCCCAUCAGCCUCUUCUCCAACCUGCCCUACCCUUUCACCCAACUCCACUCAGUGUCACAUCUCUCUGCCUCUUGCAAGAAUCUUGGAAAGAAUAAUAAAUGUAGCUACAUAAA